AUGACUGCUCCUACCCCCAAUUCCGACCUUGGACGCGUUGAUGACCAUGAUGAGAGCGAUACCCAAGACUCACAAUCGACACAUUACAUCACAACCAAAAUGUCUGGGCUAUCCGUGUCUGAGUCCACGUCCGCAUCCAAGCAAGCCGAGUUGGCGUCCGCUUCCGCUUCCGCUUCCGCGUCCACAUCCACAUCCAAGCAAGCCGCAAACUCUCAGAGCCUCAUGCUGAAGCCGACAACGCAACAUGCAGGGAAAGCAAGCACAUCGGAAACGACAUCGGGACAAGAACGCACCGUACCACCUGUCAUCAGCGCCAUUGAGAAGGAGAUUGUCGCCGCCUUUUUUUGA